AUGAUGCUCCUCCCGAUCUUGUUGCUGUCGGCCCUUGCAGGGCAGGGGUUCUCACAGGAUCCUUCCCCAACGGCUUCGGCAGAUGCCACGCCAUGUCACGUCCGUUGCUUCUCCCAGUUCAUGGAGGACGUGAACAACUCGUGCAAAAACAACUGCGUCUGUACCGGCUCUGAACUCCUGUCGAGCGUCGAGUGCUGCAUGACGAAGUGCCCUGCAGACCAACAAGCCAACGUCACGGUCUCGGUACAGAACACCUGCUCGGACGGCAAGUCUCUCAAGCUCGACUACACCUGCGCGGCGAAUACCACCACCGCGACCACAUCAUCAGGAUCGAUACCGACAAGUCUGGCCACUUCGAUCAUCCUGGUUUCCGCUGAGACUGUCACGGGAAGCGCUGCCACGGCAACCAACGGCGCCGGCGGGAUGGGCGGUGGCAUCGGGAGCGACGGCGGGGGCCAGGGGUCCUCGAUUGUCGGCCUCGGGGUGGGUCUCGGCGUCGGGCUGCCGCUGGCGGCGGUGCUUGUCGGAGGACUCACGCUGCUAUGGAAGAGGUCUCGCACGAAGAAGAAGAGUAGGGGCCGCGGACUCGAGUUGGGCUCGAAUAUGGGGGCUGGGGCACCCGAUGCCGUCGGGAGAACGUUCGUGUUCCCGAGUACCAUGGUCCUUCCGAGCCCUGGGCUGCCGCCGGACGCAGAAGCUGGCAGCUCGGGGGAUCACAAGGAAGGUGCGGUCGAAGCGGAAGUUACUCCUUACGAUGCCCUCGGAUAUCCAAGGCAUCACUAG